UAACGCCUUCCGGAUUUUCGAAAUCUACAUUAUUCCGCUUAUAAAUAAAACCCCCCUUUCAUCGUCAAACUCAAUGUAACCGGUUGGUGUAAAUUCAUCAUAAAACAAGUAUGGCUUCUUCAAUUUUGGUUUCAGCUUCUUCAGCUACCUUCAUCCGAAAUGCUCCUCCCCGAGCUCAAUUCCCUCUUGCUGGGAGAGCUACUUUCUCUAACAUUGUUGGUUCGUCAGUUGGUGUUGGUGGGCUGAAGAGUGAGCCAGGAAUCCAAAUCUUGAAGAAGGCGGCAGCAGGGACAAGCAAGGCAUCAUCUCCAAAUCGUCGUGGCUUCAAGUCUAGAAUUUCAUGUAUCACUGCUGAGCCUGAAACCCUCAAAAUUGUGCAGGAAACAAUUGCGUAUCAGUUGUCGGUUGAUGUAAGCAAAGUGACUCCUGAAACCACAUUUGCUGAAUUGGGUGUCGACUCACUCCACACUGUGGCUAUAUUGCUAGCGGUGGAGGAGAAAUUUAGAGUGCAAAUCGGGGGAAGCAAUAUUGAGAACGUGAAGACAAUCCAGGAUGCCGCGGAUCUGAUUGAACAAGCCAAGAUCAAGACCGCCAGGCUGAUAGCUUUUAACAAAGCAAAAGCAAAGGCGGCGGCGGCAGCAGCAGCAGCAGAGAAGCAGAAGGAGAUUGAAAUGGAUGAUGAUGCUAAGGAAAAUGAUUAGUAGGGUUAUGGUAAAUGGGCCUGGAUUAAUUAAUUAUCCUGUUUUAAUUAGUGUUUAUGAUUUCAGAAAAAAAAAAAAAACAAACCAAACAGUUGUGUGUUUGGGCAGUGUUUUUGUUGGGGGGGUUUUGGAAUAUUGGUCUCAAUCCGUUGAUGAUGUAGUGGUGGUUCUCCGGCGGUGUUUUGUACUUUUUUAUUUCGUCUUUUGUCGAAAUUAAGGUCCUUUCAUGA